GUAUGUACAUAUAUACAUAUGAACUGAUAUUUGCCGAAUGCACCGUCAUAAUACGCAGUUUGUAAUCUUGCGAGAGUUUCAUGCAUUCGUGCCUUUCCACAGAAGAUGUUUCUGUUUCUGAAGCUAAAGUGCACGAAUUAGCGAUUGCAGGGGAAUUUUCGUUUGGGAGAUAAGCGUUUAACUUGAAACUAUGUACUUUCUUUCUAAUAUGCCGUAUUGCAUUCAAUAUUCAAACAUCGAGAAGUAUGGAUCGCGAUGCCGUGUAUAUUUGUCGGGACUGCAAUGCGUAUUCGCUUUCCGCUUGUGAACCCCAGAACCCUUGUUUCGGCGAGUCCAACAAAUAUUGCACCAACUUGGAGAAUCCACAGGAGCGCUUCUGUAAAAAUGUUAUUUGGAUCUGUGAAAAUUGCUAUCCUUCAACCGCUGAAAAUGUUAAUCAUGAUAAUAAUGAUUGCAAGUCCAAAUCGAAACCACCGAAUCAAAUUGAAACAAAAUACACCAAUUUGCUUGACUUGGAGAAGCGUAUAGAGGCAUUAGAGAGCCAUCUCAAAGCAUGUCCGGAUUUGGUACAAAGAGCCACUGUCACAGAAGCCAACAUUUCUGCCACGCAAUACAAAGCAGCGCAAACAUCCAUGCUUAAUCGGCGAGUGAUCAUACCUAUUGCAGCUAUAGCUUUGUCAAUAAUAUUAAUCGGACUGCUGUUGUUAACUGAAGGAAGGAGUGGAUUUUUCAACACAAACAAGGGGUCAUUGCAAAUGAUUCCAGUAAAUGCAACCCUGGUACCUCGAGCAAACUCGCUUUUGCUAAUUAGUAGAGAUGAAUGGUCUGCGCAGACUGAGCGAGACGGAAUGCAGAAACUGCAACUCCCAAUAGAACGGAUCAUCAUUGCACAUAUUUCAACAGCGCAAUGCGAAAAUAGGAUCCAGUGUGAUUCACAAGUGAGAGCUGUGCAAGCCUUUCAUAUACACUCAAAUGGUUGGGGCGAUAUCGGUUAUAAUUUUCUAAUUGGAGGCGAUGGUCUAAUAUACGAAGGUCGAGGCUGGUAUAACCAAGGCGUCCACACCUUGGGCUAUAAUAAAGAUAGCAUCUGUAUAGCAUUCAUCGGUACAUUUAAUGUGGCAGUGCCCACAGAAAACGACUUGAAAGCAGCUCAACUACUCAUCGAUGAAGGAGUGAGGUUGGGAGUGCUCACGGAAAACUAUCGACUUUACGGAGCCCGACAGCUAAGCGCCACUGAAAGUCCCGGAAAAGCACUGUAUAGCAUAAUAAUGAAGUGGCCACACUGGAGCAGAAGCGUCUGAAUAAAUGUCAGCGAUUUCAUAAUUAUAUUUUAUUUAAGACUUCUGUUAAUAUUAAAGACCAAAUAAAUAUUAAGUAAAAAAUAAUCAUA